UGAUGAUCAGUGUGCCCUGAUGAUCAGUGUAGCCCCAUCAGUGCCUUGUGUCAGUGCUCAUCAGUGCCACAUCAAUGCCACAUAUCAGUGCCUACCAGUGCACAUCAAUGCCACAUAUCAGUGCCCAUCUGAGCUGCCUUUCAGUGCCACCCAUCAGUGCCGCCUAUCAGUGCACAUCAGUGCCGCCUAACAGUGCCAUGUAUCAGUGCUGCCUUUCAGUGCCCAUCAGUGCCCAUCAGUAAUGCCUGUCAAUAACCAUCAGUGCCACCUACCAGUGCCUCCUCAUCAGUGCCCAUCAGUGCCACCUAUCAGUGCAGCCUCAUUAGCGCACAUUAGCACACAUCAGUGAAGGAGAAAAAUCACUUAUUUACAAAAUUUUAUAA